AUGCCUGGAAGCAGCACAGAUUUGAGCGAAUUAAGCCUAGUGCAGGUAUUGGAGCAAGCAAGCAAUCCACAACAUGCAGGCUCACAAGUUCAAAAGCUAGCAGAGCAGCAAUUGAAAAGCUGGGAAAUCCAGCCAGGUUUUCAUUUCCUCCUGCAAUCAAUCUAUCUGGAUCUUUCUUGCUCCUUACAAAUAAGAUGGCUCGCAAUCAUUCAGUUCAAGAACGGAGUAGAAAAGUAUUGGCGCUCGAGUAGAGUGCAUGCAAUAUCAAAAGAUGAAAAGACCUCUAUCAGAUCAAGGCUGUUUGACAUGAUUGAUGAGAAAAAUAACCAACUUUGCAUUCAAAACUCUCAGGCUGUAGCCCGAAUUUCAAGGCUGGACUUCCCAAGCGAAUGGCCAAAUCUAUUUGAACUUUUGGAACAAUUGCUCACGAAUGAGAGCAUAUGGAAAGAUUGUGUGAAAAUUCAUAACUUGCUUUUGCAUACAAACCAGAUCAUAAAAAUUUUGGCGUCUGCUCGAAUUGGUAGAUGCAGGCCAGCGAUGCAAAGUAAAGUUCCUUUAAUCUUUCCCCUGAUUGUGAGGGUAUACCUCAAGUCAUUCAAUGAAUGGACUAACUCUGUUAGCGUUGACGAAGAUAGUCUUGCAAAUAUGCAGAUCGCGUACUUAGCGCUUAAAGUCCUGAGAAGAAUAGUGGCCGAUGGCUACGAAUCUCCACAAAAAAAUGAACCUGUGAAAGAAUUCAUGCAAAUAUCAGUUGGCCAUUUUGAACUUCUGAUUUCACACUAUGACAAUUUCAACAAGUUUGACUUCUAUGAAAAAUUUGUAAAGUGUUAUGGGAAAUUGUAUUACAACUUGAUCACAACCUCACCGUCAAAUUUUAUACUUAUACCAUGCUCUCCUCAAGUUUUGAUUGAGUUUACCAGAAUUUUAAUCAAUAGAGCUUCUGACGUUUACAAUGAAAAUGCAGAGCUCAAUGGGGAUUUUUGGGAGCAACUGGCAAUCAGAGGGUUUUUAAUAUUGAAAAGGAUAAUUAAUUUUAUUCACAAGAAAGGAGCGCUAACAAUAAAAGCUCGUAAUGACAAAGCUGAGGUUGAUACGGCAGUGAAGAGAAUUUCUGCCGAUUUUCUGAACGAUCAACUAAUAAUCAAAUUGGUUGAUUUGCUUAUGGAAUGGUACUUGAAGCUAAGACCCGCCGAAUUAGAGAAUUGGAGCAUCGAUCCCGAGGAAUGGAUCAACGAGCAGAUGGCAGUUAGUUACGAAUAUCAAAUUAGACCCUGUGCUGAGAAUUUUUUUCAGGAUUUGAUGAGCUGCUUUCAGGAUAAGUUGGCUCCUUAUUUACUCAAUAAAAUUGAAAACGAAGCAAGUCAAUUGACGAAUAGUUUGCAAGACCUGCUAAAAAAGGACGCCAUAUUUGCCAGCUUCCAGUUGAGUGCUGCGUCCAUAAGCGACAUGGUCGAUUUUGAUUCUUUAUUAUCCCGGGUCUUCUUACCUGAGGCGACGAAUGCAAGUAAUUCAUUGGAUGAAUCUAAAAUUAUCAAAAGAAGAGUUUCUUUGGUUAUCAAUGAGUGGUGUACAGUUAAAUGCUCGGAGGAAAGUCGGCAAUUAUGCUAUCAAUUUUUCCUACAAUUGCUUACCCAAGAGGACGACAAGGUAAUUUUGCUAACCGCGGUUCAAACUUUGAGAACAUUAAUUGAUGAUUGGAAUUUCAGCAAAACAACAUUCCAACCUUAUCUCGAUGAUUUUGUUACCGUCCUGUUAAGGAAAAUCUUACCUUGUGUAUCCUUGACGGAGACACGACUGUAUGUUUUGAAUACGAUGAGUGAUAUUAUUUUACAAACAAAACCGUUGUUUACAAGAGAAUUAUUAAUGGAAAUAUUACAAAUUGUGCCAGAAUUGUGGGAACUCUCUAUCAAUGACCCCUCUGAAUCAAUCUUGGCCAAUGCGUUACUAAGGCUAUUGAGACAUUCGGUCGUAUCGCUGGGACAAUAUUCUUCCGCCACAUGGCAAAUUGCACUGCCUAUAGUUAGCGCUGCAUGUGAUCCUACAUCACCUCACUAUUCUCUCCUCUAUGAAGAUGGCUUUGAAUUGUGGCAAAAUUUAUUACAAUAUUAUUCUUCAGAACAGCAAGCACUUGACGAAAGGCUUCUGAACAUCAUACCUUUUCUGGAGAAUGGCGUUCAAAAUCAGACUGAAAUACUUCCAACUCUUCUCGAGAUAGUUCGAAGCUAUUGUUUGAUAUUGUCAUCACGGGAGCUCUUUGCGCAUGCUGAAUUCUCAAGGAUUUUUGCCCAUCUCAGUAAGCACAUUCUCAAGCUUAGAGACGAUUCAUUCGAUAUAUUACUUCGCAUAUGGGAUAUAUUAACCCUCACCAACGAGCAGGAUUCAGAAGCCCUAUUACUUGAUGUCUUCUUUCAGAGCGGCGUACUGUCCUGCAUCUUUGACUCAGUUUUUCGGGAAGAGGCUAUUUCAGGCUAUCAAUGCGCACAACUCUUGCAAACUGUAGCGAGAAUAGCAUUCUUUAAUCCUCAGUCCAUCGUACAAUUUAUCGCAGAGUAUUCUAAAUCAUUACCAUCAGGCGUAGAAAAUUCUCGCUUGCCCUUGAUUGAAAGAAAAUUGGUUACUAGCGAUAUGGAGUUCGAGGUAAUUGUUAACAAGUUUAUCACUAUUUGGAUUAUUUGUUUCCGGGAUAUAUAUGAUCCCAAAUUGAAAAAAGUACACAUUUUGGGACUCUCAUGCAUGUUAAAGACAGGAUUAGUUUCAAUCCUAUCAGAAUUUGAGAGUGUCGCAUCCAUAUGGGUUGAAAUAUUAGAAGAAAUUAAUGAGACUAACAAUGGUGACUGCGAAAAGUAUCAUUUGAACGAUGAAAUUGAUACUGAGAGAGGUACUGACUUCAUUCCCUCUUGCGAGCAGUUGAAAUACCAUCAGUUGUGCAAAACGGCUGAUCCUGCACAUAACGUUAGCUUCAAGGGAUUCAUCACUCAAAUUAUGAAAUUCCUUGAAACCGAGCUAGGAUCGCAAUAUCAAGUGCUUCUGAGAUCUGUGAACAAUGUUGUCCUAGAUAACUUAGAGCAAUUUAUGUCGAUAGGCACGAAUCAUAGCUAA